GCCGCUGUCAGCCGCCAGUCUGCCAGCCGACUCGCUCAGCGCCAUUUUGCGAUCAUCCUGGAGGAUUUCCAACGCGAACUAUGGGGUGUUGCAGGCUGGGCGUGAAGUUUUUACUUUGAUCGACGCGCUACCGGCCAUCGUGCAUCGCGAGCCAGCCAUUCCUCCAGGGGUGACACCGGAGUUGCCUGUAUCUGUGUUUCCGCGUGACACCAGCAACACCGCCCGCCGAGGGGCUGGGUGUGCGACCAUCUCGGCUGUUUAGGCUUACUGCGGUUGCACGUCGACGCCGAUCUACGGACCCUUUGAGUUCUCAACGAGGAAGAAGAUAGAGAGCAUAGGGAGGAUGACGGCCAUGUCCCAGGAGGACAUAGUGAGCAACACCAAGACGGUGAUCCAGGGCCUGGAGGCGCUGCGCAACGAGCACAACUCGAUCCUCACGGGCCUGCUGAGCUCGGUGCAGGCGGUGCAGCAGCAGGCCCAGCGGGAGGGGGGCACCAAGGCGGGCCUGGUGGUGGAGGAGAAGGCCCACAUGGUGCACAAGUCCCUCGAGGCCCUGGAGCUGGGCCUGGGCGAGGCCCAGGUCAUGGUUGCCCUGGCAUCGCACCUCCAGGCGGUGGAGGCGGAGAAGCAGAAGCUGCGGGCCCAGGUGCGGCGUCUGUGCCAGGAGAACGCCUGGCUGCGGGACGAGCUGGCCAACACGCAGCAGAAGCUGCAGGCCUCGGAGCAGAGCGUGGCCCAGCUGGAGGAGGAGAACAAGCAGCUCCAGUUCGUCAACUCCCUCAAGAAGUACGACGACCUGUCUGCCUCCACCACCUCCGUGGCCUCUGCCGCCGACGAGUCCCAGAGAGCCGGCCAGGGCGAGCGGCGCGGGGCGGAAGGGGCACCCGCGGGAGAGGCUCCCCUGGACCUGGGCUUCCCGGAGGAGGAGGAGGCCCCCGGGGAUGCCCUUUCAACGCCCCCGGGAGGGGCCUCGAUGGGCGGCGGGGGCGGCUACGAGAUCCCCGCCCGGCUGCGCACCCUGCACAACCUGGUGAUCCAGUACGCCUCCCAGGGACGCUACGAGGUGGCCGUGCCCCUGUGCAAGCAGGCCCUCGAGGACCUGGAAAAGACCAGCGGCCACGACCACCCGGACGUGGCCACCAUGCUCAACAUCCUCGCCCUCGUGUACAGGGACCAGAACAAGUACAAGGAGGCGGCAAACCUGCUGAACGACGCCCUGGAGAUCCGGGAGAAGACGCUGGGCGAGAGCCACCCGGCGGUGGCGGCGACCCUCAACAACCUGGCGGUGCUGUACGGCAAGCGGGGCAAGUACCGGGACGCGGAGCCGCUCUGCAAGCGGGCCCUGGACAUCCGGGAGCGGGUGCUGGGCCGGGACCACCCGGACGUGGCCAAGCAGCUCAACAACCUCGCCCUGCUCUGUCAGAACCAGGGCAAGUACGAGGAGGUGGAGCGCUACUACCAGCGGGCCCUGGACAUAUACGAGCGGACCCUGGGGCCGGACGACCCCAACGUGGCCAAGACCAAGAACAACCUGGCCUCGGCCUACCUCAAGCAGGGCAAGUACAAGGAGGCCGAAGUGCUCUACAAGCAGGUGCUGACGCGGGCGCAUGAGCGCGAGUUUGGCAGCAUCGGGGCGGAGAACAAGCCCAUCUGGCAGCUGGCAGAGGAGCGGGAGGAGAACAAGAACCGGCAGAGGGAGAACGCCCCAUAUGGGGAGUACGGGGGCUGGCACAAGGCGGCCAAGGUCGACAGUCCCACGGUUGCGACGACCUUGAAGAAUCUGGGAGCGCUGUACCGGCGUCAGGGGAAGUACGAAGCCGCCGAGACGCUGGAGGACUGCGCCCUGCGGGCCAGGAAGGAGGCCCUGGAGCAGCGUCACGGCAAGCAGAUGCCCUUCCUGGACUUCUCCGGGACGCAAAAGGAGAAGCGGGCGGGCAAGUCGGGCUCCCGAAGGGGCUCCAGGGAGUCCCUGGACAGCGUCACGUACGACGCCCAGGCCGCUGACGAGUUCCAGGCGCCGCCGCAGAGCGCGCCACCGCAGGGUGCAAACGCGGGCUCGUCUAACGUUCAGAGGACGGACCAGCCGCAGGGAAUCAAAACGAAGCUCUUCAACGCCUUGGGACUCCACUCGCUGACGCCUUCGUCGCCGUCCUCAUAAUGCUUUUCUCUCUCCUCCGUUUCGUCUCGCUUUCUGUUGGUUCCGUGUGGUGCCAGGGAUCUCGUUUGUCCUCCUGCCUGAGGGGGUGAGGGCGACCGGAAGCCCGGCAACCACCAACAAGUCGACCGCUCCUCGUCGAGGAAUUGGCGCCUCAGCGCCAAAAAAGAUUUUGCGACGCGUCGUCUAAGCGCAGUUGCACGAACGGCGCGCCGCGGAGCGAAAGUCGCGACGUGGUCGUGUGGUCGGUAGAAAGGGCGGGAAACCAGCGACUAUUACCGGAACGGCAGAAUGCGGAGCGUAGGAUUUCGGGGAGGGUUGUGGGGGACUCUGUCAGGGAGAAGUGUGGGAGCGUGGCCCGAGAUCUUAUUGUCGGGAAGGGCAGCUCGACGGAUGGAGUGCCGCUCUUUACUCGCGGGUAUGUCAAACAAUGAACGGGUGGCCAAAACAUUGGUUGACGAAGAAACAAAAACGCCCAAAAAGGAAGAAAAUAAUCUUGGACAACACUUAAGCUUCGCCUUUAAGAGUGGAACGCGAUAGCUAUACGCACAAGCUGCCACUAGUUCCCGAGCCGUGCAAGCGUCUCUGCAUGGCCUAGUCUGUGGCGUGUCUGGCUUGCGACCGAAGGCUCCUGGGUUCAAAUCCCGCCUAACAUUCUUCAACCUUUCCUUUAAAGCAAUUGAAUUGCUUUAUGAAGGGAAACCAUCUGAGGCGUGCAGCGACUUUUAAUUUGCAUUACAUGCAACGUUUUAGUCACUUUCAUUCCACGCGUGACGUCACGUUUCACUUGAGCGUUGUGGGUUGUUUGAAAUGCCCGCGCAAGGUCAUGUGGCUGUGACGUCACGACCCUGUCGGCCAAUCAGGAUUUUCCCGUCACAGCGUCACCGAUGCCGGCUUUUCUACGACACAAACUCCUUAACUCCAUUAAGAAAAGAAGUCCCACGUCACGAGCGCGGCAAGCCUCGUUUCAAAAAGGUUUCCUGUCUCACUUUUUUUUUUCUCUUCGAUACGGUUUGGCGGUUUGUGCCGCCAAAUCGUAUCAAAUGGUUCUUUUUAUUUUUUCGUUCUUGCUUCCCAGUUUUUCUGUCUCAUCUUGCGAGUGUCGCUCGUUGAUAAUUUCGUUGCGGUCGUUUUGUUCUCCUUGUGGCGUUGCAUGCCUCUUGACUGUUGAGUCAAUUGCCACAAUAUUUGGAAGGGUUCCGUUCGCACAGUGCGCGAUAGGUGCAAUAAAAAUUCGGCACUUCGUUGCAGUUGCAGACCGCGGGCACGUUUGCCUGCAACUUUUCUUUCCUUUGUUUGUCAAACCACACCGACAGGAUCUAAGACUCGCGAUCUUGCCUUCUGGCGACGCAAGAUAGUGUGUGCUCGGUUUUGGCGACAUUCUCGCUGAAAGAUCGCUCGUCGGCUCUCUCUGGCAGUUUGUGUCGCCGGCGAGCCUUUCGAGAUUUGUCGAUACGUCGAGAACGUCUUUUCUGUUCUUGGCCGUCGAACUGCCUUUUUUGGCCGUUUUGCACCUGCAAUUGCCACCCGUAAUGGAGUUUUGGCCCUCGAAUGCCGCGGACUCGACGACUCUACGAAAGCGAGAAGUGCGGGGGAACUUUGACGAUACGUCUCAACAUUACGAAGUCUAGCUGUGCGCCUUAGAAGGAGCACCCUUAGAGAUUGAAACGUUUUGUUUUUCCGAGGUGGCCGGGCUUCCGUCUCGCCUAGCGGGAGCUUAUCUGUCGCGUUGGCGGCGGAACUGACAGAGAAGGCAAUCGAAGACUCGUUAGGAGUUGUAGGGCCGCUUUCCGGCUCGUUUAUGUGCGCCGUCGUCAUUGGCCUCGGUUGCCGCUCAUCUACGCCUCGGCGCUCCGCAACGGGUGGCUCGCCCUCUCUCGUUUUUUGGGGCUCGUACAUAAUGGCCGUUGGAAUGCGAGAGAGAUUUCCUUCGGAGGUGACAGUCUGUGAUAGCAGUUUUCGCCGGCGUUUUUCUUUGCCCGCUCGGCCGAGCACCAGACCGGCCGUUGGAUCCCGGGAAAGAUGCGCGCAAAACUCUUCUCACUUUUUUUCUUCUCUCUCGUCGUCCCGUCGAAAGCUGCGCGGCACUUGAAAUGCUCGAUAGGUCUUGGGUGCACGUAAAGGAUUGACUUGGCUACGUUGGGUGGUGCACCGGGAUUUUACGAGGACCACGUCUCUGUCGCAGGUUUUUGGCUCCGCGUGAGAAAGAGUAGCAAUUGAGCUUUGAGCUGUGUACAGUUUUCAAAGUCGAGGAACUCUCUUUAGGGAAAUACCUCCCGUUAAUUAAGACCUUUAGGGAACGAGGAAGGCACUUUUUAGUUUGCUUGCUUUGUUUUCAGAGAGAGUAUGCCUUUAGAACUACAGCUUUUUGGGUAAUUUCUUCGCUUACGAGGUAUAAAUAUUUAUUGCUGUUGGAACCUGGAGCCUGGACUGGGAGAGCUAGGUCUUAUAACGAUUGCAAUAACUCUGCUUCGCUCAUUUUCUCGAGGCUCGCUUCCUUCGUCUUACCUCAACGCAGACUUUGGCGAGGGCUGCAGCCGGAAGCUCCUGACUUGGAAAUGUGUCUUUGUUGUGGGUAGCCGUAAUCCCCGCAUUCCCUCAAAGAUGGAGCAGUUUCUAUAAAUUAGCUGGACGAUCGCGUAUCAGGAUUGAUUUCACAAUGUCUUUUAUCCUCGCAAAGAAUCAUUUACACUUUGUGUUAACCGCUACUGUGUGUUUUUGAUGACGGAGGUUUAAUGUGCAGUUUGGAGAUUUAAUGUGCAUUUUUGAGAAACUCUCUUAGGUUGAACCGAGAGGAGUGCGUUUGAAAGUGCGAGCAUUUUUUGUACGACGACAUCUAACGAUGCCGUAAAGUAUUUAAGAAAUGUGUUGGGUUUCUAUGCCUUUUGCAGUUCCCAAUAAAGACCUCUUCAUCAUUUGUAA